AGAUAUCCCCAAUAUCCGAGCUCGCUAAGAUGACUGUCUUGUUGCGUCAGAGAGGAAUGUUUCACGACAGUUAGAUUUCCUCCCUCUCAGUACACCAGCAGCCAGAGAUUUCACGAGUAGAGAGUCUACACAGAACGCUGUCAGUGCGAGCUCAGUGAGCGUUCGGGACGCUGAACUCACACAAACAUGUACACGCGCUUCCUCCUCAGCACGGCAGACUGGACCCGCGUGCUCACGGCAUAACACACAGCGAUCUGCGGGGCAUGUCGCCAUUAUGCGAGCGAAUUUCAUCGUUAUCAUGUGGCUGGUGACAGCGCAAACACAAGGUGACCACCAUGACUCAGAAGAGGACUACAGCAAUGACGUCAUCGAGGGGUCUGGCAGAGCGGCGGUCAGCGUCAUCAAGUGUUACAAAUGCGCCGUGCUCACGCUGAUGGGCUGUGACGAGUCGAUCAUGUCCAGAAACCGGGACAAGUUCACCGUGCAGUGCACCGGGCACUGUCUAAACUUGACAGCUGGUAUUCAUGCAUCUUACGCCUGCACUGAAAAUGACGGCAAUUCCAACUACUGCAUAGAGAAUGAUGGAACACAAAUAUGCGUUUGUAACACCAACUACUGUAACGGCCCUCCACCGACAAGGCAGCACGAACCAGACAUUGACUUUGAACUGCCCUCUCGAAAACCGCCAACAGGCGCGGUAAACAACUCUCCAAAAUCGACGCAUGAACAAAUUGUCAUAGAGUCGGAAAACCACCCGGGAGGACUUCCUAACGCGCAAGAAUACUGGGAAGUGACGACACAUUCUAAUUCAUGUGCCUUACAUUCAAACAUUCAAACAUUAACUCUUUUAUUCACUGCUAUGAAUAUUCAUAGAUUUGUUCCAUGACGUGAAGAAUAAUUUCUAAAAUGGUCAUUGAUGGAAAAAAUAGCAAAGAAACACAAUUCCUACAAAACUGAAAAAAAUGUACUAUUUCCGUAUUGACCUGUCCUCGAGAAAGGGUCAUCUACAUGUCAAGCGUCGACAUCAUUAUUUAUCAUUUCAUUCUGGUCAUACAUUUUGUGGUCAUGUGAUCAUAUUUUUAGUACUUGUGGCCAGACGCGUGUACAGGGGAGCUGGGUGGGGGUGGGUGAUGGACUCGGCGUUCGAACCACCCUGCUCAAAGCAAAUUUUCUUUUUUAAGUGCAUUUUCAGGUGAGCAUGAGUUGACCCCGUAGAAACUUCGCACGCCAGACUGGACCCCCGUGCAUAUAUUCUUGCACACCCGCCUUUGUGCCGUACGGAGAUACGGCUUUACUACAAUACAUUCUUUUAACAGUUUCUUUUUGUUUUGUUUCUGGAAUAAUAUUGCUACGUCAUCAAAUAGCUGCAGUUGAAAAUGAAAUAGUAGAAUAUUCACAAUUGAAUAUAUGUAGAGACAAUGACAUUUUUAAUCAUCUGUGUAGCAAACAGGAUCUUGUGAAAAUAGGGCUGCGUUCAGUCAACAAAGCUGGAAAACAAUUCACCAGACUACCCAUUAAAAGUACACGUUACGGAAUGGACUUUAUGUUUUAUUAUUAUGUUAAUAAAUUUGAACAUAUUAAAAAUUAUGAUCAAGGUUAAAAUAAAUUAAUAGUGAAUGAAUAGCAUUAAAAGACAGAAAACAAAUUCACAUGGACCUUGUGCUUAUUAGUGAUGUUUUUCUCUGUGGUUUCAUAUCAAGAAAUUAGAUUUGAAGUACUCGCCAAACCUCUGGGCCCACUUUCACAAAACAUCGUAAGCCUAGUUUUGCACGUAAACGUAAAUCUACGACUAAACCACACUUCUUAUUACUAUUAUAGGUCAACUAAUAUAGUUUGAAGAACACAUAUUUCAUUUUCUUUUGUCCUUAAUAUACUUCAGCUCCCGUAAUGAUGUUAUUUUCUGGAUGAAAUAGACGCCAAACACGUGUAAACGCACGACCGGUAUAACUACUACUAGCAGACGUAAACUUACGAUGUUUAGUGAAAGGAGCCCCUGACCUGUAAUCUAUGUUGUAUCGAUACGAACAUAUCAAUCUGUCUGUUGAUGUACAAUCCCACACUAAUAUAUAUAUAUAUAUAUAUAUAUAUAUAUAUAUAUAUAUAUAUAUAUAUAUAUAUGUAUAAUUAUACUGUCUACACCACAUAUAGGUAAUUACUAUGCUUAUUCACGACGUUCGUGUUUACUAGUGAGCACAUUCUAGUAUUUGUAUAUUGCAAGCGAUGCAUUGUGUUAACUUGGUGAGCGAUGAACGAAUUUGAUAUAAAAUGUCUUUGAUCUCCA